AUGGAUUUCUCACUCGAGCAUCACAAGGACUACAUCGGCCGACCCAUUGCAGAGUUGCCGACUCCGUCUCUCAUUGUUUCGCUUCCCAUUGUCAAGAAAAAUAUCGCUGCGCUUCAUAAAGAUGUCGAAGAUCUCGGAAUUGACUUUCGUCCGCAUGUCAAGACUCUCAAAACCUUGGAAAUCACCCGGAUGAUGCUCGGUAAUGGCAAGUACCGCAGCGUUGUCGCAUCAACAUUGGCAGAGAUACGAGGUCUCCUGCCAUUAGUAAAAGAGGGACAAUUGGACGAGCUUGAUGCUUUGAGACAAUCAUUGAGAAUUACCUUAAUGGUCGACAAUGAGCAACAAAUAGACGUCUUGGAAGCUUACAGUGCAUCAAAACCAUGGGAUAUCUUUGUCAAGCUGGAUGUUGGAUCCCAUAGAGCUGGAGUGGCCACUGAAAGCCCGGCCCUCCGUAGCCUUGUGGAGCGUGCUGAAAAGUCCAUUGCCGCAAACAUUUACGGGUUUUACUGCCACGCCGGACAUUCUUACGGCGGUCGUUCUAGGGAAGCUGCUGAAGAGACCCUGAAUGUCGAAAUCACGAGUGUACUACACGCAGCUUCCCUGCUUUCCGAGAGUAGGGAUUUGGUUGUAUCGAUUGGUGCAACACCUACAGCCCAUGUUGUCAGUGCCUUCAAGCAUAAAGUCCCAUCGAACAUCAAGUUGGAACUGCAUGCAGGCAAUUUCCCCUGCAACGACCUUCAGCAGGUAUCUACGAAUCUUGUGUGCGAAUCAGACCAAGCUAUUCGCGUCGCCACUGAAGUGUGUGGCGUAUAUCCCGAGCGCAACGAGGCCCUCGUCAAUGCGGGCGCCAUUGCACUGUCGCGGGAAACGAGCGACUACUCUGGAUAUGGACGCGUGGUCGGCAAGCCGGAUUGGAGCCCAAUCAGGCUAUCGCAGGAGCACGGCAUUCUAGGUACGACUGAAGGAGAAGCCAAAGUGAUUGACAACUUCAAGCCAACAGCCAAUCAUAUCACUUUCCGCGCUGGGGAGCCAUCUCAUGAGACCCCAUAUCUUACCAAAGUUGAAAACAAGGAGUGGCGAUGGAAGGUAGGUUCACUGGUCUACAACGAUCCUUGUACUAUCGAGACCAGGUUGAUCAUUUUUAGCGAGCUCAAGUUCAUCCCCGCGGUCCCGAUCACAAUGCGUAAUCUGGGGUUGACCUAUGACGAGAUCUAUCGACACCUGCUUCCGCCCAAUCGCCAUUGCCAGAAUCUGGACCAAGAGCAAUCCGAGAUUGGUCCAACGAAUCUGUCAGUCGUUCAAACGGGUACGAAAAAGUGCGAUGAGAUCAAACCCAUGUGCACGGGAUGUUCCCGCAAUCAGCUCACGUGCCGCUGGCCUGUUGAAAUCCAUACACGAAGAGACUCGGACAAGAGUGUCCAGGGAAAUCGGACUCUCAUGGAUAGUGCGGAGCAAUCCUCAUCACAAGCCACAAACAUUUCCUUCUCUGGUUCUCCUAAUAACCGGGAAGGUUCUCUGAAUAAGGAUGUCCCGGUACAAAGCCACACCCCGGAAGAAGUAUCAUUACAUGAUUCUGUUGACGUCUGCAAUGUACAAGCUGAAACACCAACAAGACAGCCUCAUCAGACACGAUUGGAGUCAGUUGAACCUGAUUCUAAUGAACCACUAGAAUUUCUGCCGUCCCAGCUUGGUAUUGAUGUCCAAGCGGACUCAGAGAGUGGCAGCCAUUCCGGCCCGGAGGCAUUGCCGAGUGAUACAAUUCUCGGCUCCCCCCUUCCUGAAUCACACUAUGGGCAUCUAAGGGCUCUUGAGCUAAUGCCAAUGCUGGAGAUGCAUUCGAUUCCGUCAUCUCCCUCUUGCUUUCCCGGACUCCAAACACGUUCUUUCCAGCUUUUGAGCUACUAUACCUCGCGGACAGCGCUGAGUAUGGGCAAUGGCUCGACGACCGACAACCCUUUCAUUACACAAAUGGUCCCACUCAUGUUUGUGAACAAGCUUAUCCUUCAACUGGUCCUCACACAAACUGCUACGCAUCAAGCCAUAGCCAGAGGUGAUACCUUGGAGGCCGUCCGGCAGGAUUAUGCUAGUGCUCUUCGCUAUUUCCAGUCCGCCAUUGAAGAUUAUCUAAGUGGAUGUGAAGGCAGUUUGUUAUGGGUCACACUCGGAGCUUUAAUAAUGUGCUUUACCGAGACAGCCAGAGGAGACGUACAUGGCGCAAUCUUUGAUCAUCUAAGUGCCUCUGGACCAUUGGUAGCACAGCUGAUAAUUCAUACGGACAAUCAUAUCCCUCGCGCCAUGAAGAACUUUAUUACCGAGUAUUACGUAUAUACUGGACUGAUCAGCAUGAUAUCGAUUGACGCCACAGUCUGUACCAAACCUUUACUCGACCCUGGUGUGGUGGCCGAGGCGCAAAGACUGGCCACCUCAGGGUAUGUCGGGCAAUUAUGUGGGACUUGGUUGCCACUGCUACUCCUUAUACCAGAGAUAGCCAGUUUUGCUGGAAGGGCUUUAUCAAAAACAGUCAACCCCUCAUUUCCGCAGUUCGAUGAUUUCGCAACAUAUUCAUCCCUUGAAAGCCAAAUUCUUGCUUUUUGUCCGACUACAGUGGUUGACCAGGACGUGGUCAUUUGCUCCUUGAUAUACCAGCAAGCCGUCCAUCUCUAUCUCCUCACUUGUUUGAAAGGAUAUCAACAAGACGAUGGUGCCAUGCUUUAUUCUCAGCAGACCGAAAACUCCCUGACGCAAGCAUUCACUCUGCUGCGUCAACUGGGUCCAAUGGCACGCAUAAAUACCAGUCUCUGCUGGGCCAUUGCCGUCAUCGGAUGCUGCAUCACGGACCAAGAGCAGCGUGCAGAACUAUGUGGUCGUCUGACUACCAUGUUCAAGUCCAUUGGCUUGGGUAAUAUUCGAGCAACGAAAAAGCUACUGAAUCUGGUAUGGAAGCAGCCAGUCACAGAACAAAGCCCUUGGUUCAUCCACAAGGCAAUGCAAGAGAAUCAAAUGUGGAUAUCCUUUGCCUAA